AUGAGCGACGCCGAAUCCGAAGUUGAAUAUUUGCCCAAUUUAUCUCAAACUCUCAUAAAUGAUAUCAGUGAACUAUACCUUGAAGCUGAUGACUAUAACGUCAAUCUUCAUAUCGGUUAUGAACCUAACGUAGAGGUUUUUAAAGCUCAUUCUGUAAUUUUGAGAGCUAGAUCUUCGUACUUUCGAGCUGCCUUAAGCGCGAACUGGAGUUGGACUGUUGACUUCGAUGCCAGUAUUGUAGAGGAAAACCUGGUAGAGUUACUUCAUGCUGCAGAUGAAUUAACUUUAUUAGAACUUGUUGAAACCAUUCAAGAUCACAUAAUUUUCAUGGAUAGCGAAUGGUUAGAAAAAAAUUGUGAUAAACUUCUCAAAUCAAUUAUGCAUAAUCAAAUGCUUAAAAAACUUCGAAAAUUUUGUGAAGACUUUAUGUCUUCGGUACCUGAAAAAUUCUUCAAAUUAUAUGAUUUUAGUGGUUUAGAAGAAGAAAUACCUUUAAAUCAAAUAUUACCUAAAGAAUUAAAGGAUGAUCUUGAGAUGUAUUUCAUUAUACCAGAUUGUAAACCAACUAGUCAAGUUUUACCACCACGAAAUAAUGAUCAAAAUUCUGUAAUUAUUUCAAUAAAACAUAAAGCAUUUCUGGCCAGUUGGAUAAAUGGAAAUAAUGAAACUAUUAAUUUACAAUAUCCUAUAAAUUUAUUAAGUCGUAUUAGAGAAGAUUCAUUUGCCAUCUUAGAUAAUGCUGAUGAAAAUAUUGGAUUUGGACGUGGUGAUCUUCAAGUUUUCAAAAGAAUUACUACUAAACGUUAUUAUUCUAAAGAACUUUUAGAUCAUAAAACGUUCGAGAUUGAAGAAUUUGAGGUUUUUCAAGUAAUUAAAUGA